CACUCAUGGGUUGAUUGUGAAGUUGGUCGAGGGGGCGCCACAUAAUCUUUCUAUUUUGGCGGGAAAUAAGUUACGUUUGCAUAUAUGUUUUGUUAAUGUGUGAAAUGUUUGAUAAUAGACCCUAAUGGUUUUGAGAAAGUUUCAUAAAUUUUGACGCUAAUAUAAAGUUACUCUGUUGUUAAAUUUUAUUCCGUUUUUGCUGUACAUAAUGCCGACCGCAACGUCUACAUUUGUACAAGAGAUAGUUAACGUUAUUAAGAGAUUCAAGUUCGAGGAAUUAGAAUUAUCAGUAACGCCAGUUUUUCCAGAAAUAUCCUGGAAUAAUAUAAGAUCCGAAUUAAUUAAACAUCACAAAAAUUUUACAUCACACAAUGUAGCAGAAGUUAUUAAAAUGGUUGUCAUCGAAGAAAAAGUUACGGAGAAAAUUUUAAGAGAUCGUUUAUCAACACUACGAUUAGUUGAUAUAAGCUGGCAUAGUAAUAAAAGAAUGUGGUAUGGCUAUAUAUUAAUAGGAUCUGAUAAAACUGUAAAUUAUUUCAUAAACAGAGAAAUUCAAAAUAAUAUGCAAGAUAAUUUUGAUUCAUUAAAUAUGAAAAUUAAUGUAAAGAUAUAUACACAUAAUGAUAUUACAUAUAUGUCUUUAACAGCAACGAAAUAUAAAAAUAAAAAAGGAAAAGAAAAUCGACGUGCAAUUCCACACGUUUUUGCUUUGUUUAUGGGCCAAAAAUAUUUUUUUUCUACCAAAAAAACUAUUUCAUCUGAUAUUUUAAAUACUGUAGUAAGAAGUUUGGGUUAUAAAAACUCUAAAAGAUUUAAAUUGAUGGGUAGAGAUCUUAAAUCUUUGAGCAAAUUAUGUUGGAAGAGGAAAGAAGGAACAAUGAAUUCUGAAAAUAUUAAUAAAACUGUGGUAUAUGAAGAUGGUGUUCUUGAUAGAAAGAAGACGGGUAUAGACUUUACUCAACAAAAGCAGCGGGUAAAGUAUGCAGAAAAAUGUUUUGGUGAUAAUCCUCCUACCUUAGAAGUACUUGUUGUAAAUGGGCCUAGUAUGCCUCUGUCACAUGAAGGUGUAUCAAAAGAAUUACCAAAUGAAAACAUGCAAAUAGCAUGGGAAUUUCGCAGUCGCAACAUUGUUGCAUGUUUAACAAAGUUAAUAGAACGACGUGUAUUGGUUACACCAGUGCCUCAUUACAUAUCAAAUUUAAUGACAUUAGGAAGAAAUGUAUUAACACUUAAGAAGGAUUAAUAAUUAAUAUUUAAAUGUCAUAUUAUACUGGUAUGGAACUAAUGCGAGCAAAGCUUGCCUAUUACUUCAAUGAUCUUGUAAUUAUUCAAAUUCUAAGAGACGAAUUAGUAAAAACGUAUUACCAUGAUAUAUAAAGACAUAAUUUAUUUAUUU